AAGCCCCGAUUAAUCUAUGCGAGGGUCUUGCUGAGCUCCUGGAGCUGCUCGGAGAUGCUGAUGAGCGAGAUGAGGCCUGGUUCGAGCAUGCUCCUGCUCCUGCUCCUGCUUGUGUCCAGCUGCCAUGGUCAACCGGGCGUGAAGCUCGCGUUCACGAGCCCCCAGGAUGGAUCUAGGGUGUGGAUCGAUGAGGAGCACCCGCUCAAGAUCUCCAUCGACGUGUCAGGCGCUAAGUUCCCCCAAGAUGGCUCAAUCGCACUCUUCGUGAACGGACAUGAUACCGGGCAACGGCUGUCGAAGCCUCCAUUCGAGGUCGCCAUGACGGAGCUGGACGACAGGAACUACCGGAUCGACGCUAGGUUCUUCGACAAGAAGGACAGGCCGACUGAGCACGUGGCAAGCGUGACCUUCAUGGCUCGGAGGUACUUGGAGCUGAUGGAGCACGAGGAGUAUCAUGUGUCUGCCGAAGGCCCUCGUGGAGACGGGUUCGACGGGAUGGCGGGGCUGGAAUCUUGGGAAUGGAGGCCUCCGGAACUCGAUUCUCUUCGGUAGCAUCGGACAUGAAGGAGCUGAAGUUCGACGUGCUCUGGAAGGAGGACAGCGAGGACCUGCGGUUGCUCAAGUCCAGGUGGGCGAGUCGACUCACUUACGAGGAGAUGAAGAAGGGCGACGAAGUACUCUCUGCAUACUCCGACUUCCAUGGCCAAGUCAUGCGAGACAAGAGCCUCUGGAAAACAAACAAUUUCUUGAUCUAUCGCACCAU